UGUGGGGCCAAGUUGCUACUUGAUUUCUCCACAUUGUUAUUUUGCGAGGCUGGGUUUACUGCGUGUGUAUGUGUGUGUGGUGUGUGUGUGUGCGCGUUUUACUUUUGCAUGUAUCUGUUGUAUGACUGCGUACAUGUGAACGCAUAAUUUCUCUGCCAUGUCGACAUCCGGAACACUGACUAGUUACUACGUCGAUUCCCUCAUUCUGCCCGAGAGCGAGGAGCUCUCUGUGCCGAGAUACCCCUCCGGUCCUGGGCUCCAGCACGCUAGACAGUCCGCCUCCAUAAGCGACCACAGUGAGCUUGGGACCUGCACCUUCCCGUCCAAACCUCCUGUAUUCGGGCCGUCGUGGAGCCACGUUCCUGCCCAGUUCCCAGGCACCGUCUCCUCUGUGUAUCAUCACCACUAUGGGCAUCCCCAAGGCCCGGUCGGUGCAGAUACAGAUGGCCGCUAUCAGUCAUGGCUGCUGGAGCCCAUGUCUGGUUCCCUUCCCAUGGCCGGAUUACCGACGACCCAUCACUACGGAAUCAAACCGGAGGGUCUGGGGACGCGAGCUGACGGCGCGCUGCCCGGCUCCCACACGGCGCUGCUGCUCUCUGAUUACGCCAACGGGACCGUGGCCACGGCGUCACCGGUGGAAAAGGACACACUGUCCGGCCAGGCAGGGGACGUGAGCGGGGAAGCUGAAGAGAAACCGGGCCUUGAUCCAAAUAACCCAGUGUCCAACUGGCUCCACGCGAGUGCCACGAGAAAAAAGCGCUGUCCGUACACCAAGCACCAGAUCCUGGAGCUGGAGAAAGAGUUCCUCUUUAACACCUACCUGACCAGGGACCGUAGGUACGAGGUUGCGAGGCUGUUAAACCUCACCGAGAGACAGGUUAAAAUCUGGUUCCAGAACCGCAGGAUGAAGAUGAAGAAGUUUAAUAAAGACGGCGCACCGAAAGACGAGUGACUGAACCGUAGAUAUACAGUAUUUAGGCUGUUAGCGAGCUUUGUGUGUGAAAGCUCUUAACUCUGCUGGACCUUGUUUUUAAACUUCAUUGUCUUAUUGUUCUAUAUAACAGAAGCUAUUAGGCUUAUUUGUCUUGUAAAGAAAAGCAUGUUGGGCUUCAGUUUGAUGCGACUACCUUUAUAUUGCACAAUUUUAACAGUGCCCACUCGUUUUUGUAUUUGUUCUUUUCUCAUGUUGAUUUUAAAUAAUACCUCGUUCUGUGUAUUAGUUGGCCUGGUCCCUGUGCUUGUUUGUGUAUGGAUGUUUUUAGCUGUGUGUGUUCUGGUUUGUAGCUAUAUUUGUUGUCGUAUAGUUUGUAAAAUGUAUUAAUUUUAUUGUUGUUUCUCCCUUACUGCUAGAACAAUGACUGAUGACCAUGAGUUUGAGUCUAACAUUGGAACCGUAGAAAAACAGACUGAUCGCAUUUUGAAGUAGGCGCAUAAACCUCAGAAACCUCUUGAAAAUGCUAAAAUCCUAAAUUAAAAGAUGUUAUAGAAGUUAUAUUACAUGACACGAUUGACUACCUAUGUCUUUCAACUACCUACAAUAACCUAUUUUUUUCAAUGGCGGAUUAUAGUAGAUUUGCUUGCAUUAGAUGCUGAACUAUGAAUUUCAGGGAGUAACAUUUUGAAAGUACAUAAUGUUUGUUAGUGAGAGAAAAUUAAAUAAAACACUGUAGCUACUUAUUGAAUACCUCACGGUCUGCCGACCGUCUGACUUUUGGUUCACAAAUGUAAUUUGUACUUUAUUUAUUAAAUAAAACAAAUUAUAUCUGCGAAUGCAGGCACGUUACUUUCUUAUUUCAUUUUGGCCUCACAUCGAAAUGAAUUUUGUUUAAAAAAAAUAAAAUGUAUGUUAAUUUGUUGCUUCACAAAAAGUCUUUAUUGGCAAAAAGGUUGAAUUUCAACACACACGCACACGAAAAUACAUAAAGAAAAAUCCAAAGAUAUUUGGAUACUUGAGCCUAGUCCACAUCAACAAUUUUUUUACACAUUUUUUAUAAAUAUCAAGCAUUUUAAUCUGCAGAGUGCACACUCUCUCACACACACGCACUCAUUUACACACACACACU